AAGAUACAGAAGAACUGUAAACAGUUGGUCGAAACGAGGAGAAAGAAUAUCUGAAGGGCACCCUGUAUCACUCUGAGAGCCGGUCCCCAGGACGGGCAAUGCGCCAGCACCAGUCUCCCGGCAUCGCCGUUGCAAUUGGACCUUCGCCCGUGUCGGAAUUUGCAAAGGGGCGGGUCAAGCGAAGUCAUUCACAAGUCGCUUCCAGCUCGCCACCAUUGCCAGAGGCAGUAGGUCUCACUGUCUUAUCCUGCGGACGGCUUCAGUGCUGAGGAGUGUAGGGGCAGUCUGACAGGUCUGUGCAGGACCCCUCUCCCUCCUCCCCCCCCCCUCUCCUUCCCCCCACCCCUCCUCCUCCUCCUCCUCCUCCUCCUCCUCCUCCUCCCCCUCCCCCCCCCACCUUUUUGCUCGUGUAACGUUUGGAAUUCCUGCGCUAAAAUUAACUUUGCAGAUCAGAGUGAAACAGAACACUUACCCAACUUUUAAAACUACAUUUUCAAAAUUCGAUGUUGCAUUCGCUGAAUUAUUCCAACUAACUCGUAAAAGCAACAAAAAAACAACUCGGGACUGGGCUGUGGGAGUUGUUCCCAUGUCCGACCGUGGACGAGUUUUCCACCUGGUGGAUAUCAUUGGUGGUGCACCAGUCUGACGGGUUUCCAGGACUGUAAAUGCUCAGCAGGUCACACGGGGAGAAGCCGAGUCAACUUCUCGGUUCGACGACCUUUCAUUCUUACUGGGAAGUUAAUAGUUUCUAACCGGCCUCUUGAAAUAAGAAACAACAUGGGAGGGGCGGUAUCAGUGGACGAGGGGGUCCACGUUGUGGUGGUCGGUGGUGGCUUUGGAGGGAUUGCAGCAGGAAACCAGCUGAAGUCGUACAAGAUUCCAUUCACAUUGAUUGACAUGAAAGAUGCCUUCCAUCACAAUCCAGGAGCCCUCCGAGCAUCUGUGGAAAGUGGAUUUGCAAAGAAAACAUUUAUUUCAUUCAAAGAGACAUUUGCAGAGAACUUCGUGCAAGGCUAUGUCAUUAAUAUUGAUUUGGAAAAACAAGUAGUUGUUUUGGAAAGUGGGCAGGUUGUGCAUUUUUCACACCUCAUUUUGGGAACUGGCAGCUCUGGUCCCUUUCCUGGAAAAUUCAGUGAACCAGUUACAAUGGAGAAUGCCAUCCAGAUGUAUGAAGAUCUUGUAGUGAAGGUUCGAGCAGCUCCAAGGAUCGUCGUGGUUGGAGGUGGGUCGGCUGGUGUGGAAAUGGCAGCAGAGCUCAAAACUGAUUAUCCUGACAAAGAGGUGACCUUGAUUCAUUCCAAGAUUCCUUUGGCUGAUGAUCAGCUCUUACCCAGUGUAAGGCAAGGGCUGAAGGAGAUCCUGCUGAGGAAAGGGGUUCAGCUAGAGUUAGGACAGAAAGUCACUAAUCUGCAUGAACUCGUGUUGAAUGAAAUGCAGCCUGACAUGAAAAUAUUGACUGACAAGGGUCUGGAAAUCACUGCAGACAUGGUCAUCUGUUGUACUGGAAUAAAGAUCAACUCUUCAGCAUACUCAAAGGCUUUUAACGAUCAGCUUGCUGAGAAUGGUGCCUUGCACGUCAAUCAGCAUCUGCAAGUCAGUGGGAUGGAAAAUGUUUAUGCAAUAGGUGAUUGUGCAGAUAUCAAAGAGCCUAAAAUGGCUUAUCAUGCUGGCCUACAUGCAGCUGUUGCUGUGGAUAACAUUGUCAGAAGUCUGACAAAAAAGCCCCUGAAAAUUUACAAACCAGGUGCCCUCACUAUGCUGUUGUCCAUGGGGCGGAAUGAUGGGAUUGGUCAGAUUUUCGGAUUCCAUGUUGGAAAAUUUGUUGUUGUGCAGGCCAAAAGUAAAGAUCUUCUAGUUUGGAAAAGCUGGAGAGAAAUGGGUCAGACAGCACCUCCUUGAACCCCAAGUUCCAACCCACCUCCCUCCCAUACACAGAUAUGCCUUGUGCAGUUUCUUCAGUGAUGCAACAGGUUUACAACAUUGUGCCAUAAACUGACACACAGACCAUCCCAAGUGGCUUUAUGUGUGGAGAAAGGCGACCACCAUGUUGUCUGUGUUCAUUGUGUCAAUGUAACUUUAAAAUAUUAACCAAUAAAUGGAAUUUUGAAAGCCUUUAUUCCAUUUAUUUUGCAAAAAGUUUGUUGAAUAUUUUUAAUAAAUUAUUCAAAACAUG